UGUAGCACGAAGUUUUACUGUAAUCAGUUUGACUUUGAGAGGCAGUUUUGUGCUUUUACUUUAUUUUGCAUGAAAAUGAAAAUAUCUGUAACAUUUGAGGAUAAUUUAUAUCCAUUGGAUAUAAGCGAAGACUCCGAAAUCGAAGUUUUAAAGGCCUCACUUGAAUUUGAAAGUGGUAUACCAACGUCUGAAUUUGCGAUCUAUCACAAUGGCGUCCAGUUGAGAGAAAUUAAAAAGUCCUUAAAAGAUUACGGUGUUAAAAAUGACGAUAUGCUUGUGAUGGCAAAGAAAAUGAUGGAAAGACCACCUCCUCGUAACCAGAAUAGAGGAAAUACAGCUGGUUCAUUUGAUUGGGGGAGUAUCAGAGUUCCAGGUACAGCAUCUUCAACCACAUCAUUUCCAAGUAAUAGAACAGCUGCACCAGGACAACUUGGUAAUAUUGAUCCACUGGUUUUCCGUGAAAUGCUCUUGAAUGAUGUGUACCAGAGAUCAGCAAUGCGGGAGAGAAACCCACCUUUAUCAGAAGCAUUAGAGAGCGGUGAUCCAGAACGAUUUGUGGCAGUAUUUAAUCAACAAAAAAAAGCAAGGGAUGAACAUGAAGCAUUACGAAGAAGAAUGAUUCAGGCAGAUCCUUUGGACAUUGAAGCCCAACAAAAAAUUGCUGAGGAAAUACAGCUAACUAAUAUCAAUUCAAAUAUGGAAACGGCUAUGGAAUUCACACCAGAGUCAUUUGGCCAAGUGACUAUGUUAUACAUCAAUUGUUUAGUAAAUGGGCAAGCUGUUAAAGCAUUUAUAGAUUCUGGUGCUCAAAUGACUAUCAUGAGCGUUGCAUGUGCUGAACGGUGUAAUAUUAUGAGGCUUGUAGAUAGAAGAUGGGCUGGUUUAGCAAAAGGUGUAGGGACACAGAAGAUUAUUGGUCGUGUACAUAUGGCACAAAUUCAAAUUGAGAAUGAUUUCUUGGUCUCGGCAUUUUCUGUGUUGGAAUCACAGCCAAUGGAUAUGCUUUUAGGAUUAGAUAUGCUCAAAAGACAUCAGUGUUCUAUAGAUCUGAAAGAAAAUUUGUUAAAAAUUGGAACAACAGGCACUGUGACAAAAUUUCUGCCAGAAUCUGAGUUGCCUGAAUGUGCCAGAUUGUCAGGAAAUGCAAGCCAAGAGUUAGAAGAUCAAAACUUGGCUGAGGCUUUACAAAGAUCAGUACAAGAUGCUCCAGUGACCCCAGCUGCACCAUCAGGUGGUGAGCCCAGGUCAAGCCUGGAACCAUUCUUAACCUCUCUUAAUCCACCAAGCAAUGUAUCAGAGGCAGAUAUUCAACGUCUUGUAAAUAUGGGAUUUAAACGGGAAGACAUUAUUAAAGAACUGGAAAAGAAUGGGGGAGAUAUUCAAAAAACAACAACAGUCCUUUUAGCAAGAUCCUUAAAACUUCAAAAAUGAUGAAAAAAGUGCACAAGGAUUUUUGGUCUGUUUUAAAUAAAGUUUUGGGAAGACUACAAACUAAAGUCCAUAAUUUGAACAUAAAAUAAGCACGUUAUAGACAGGGGGACAAUGAUCUUCUUUUUUUUCAAACGACCGCUGAUCAUUUUGUCACUGGGCGGUGCCUCUCUUUCACUCUCUGUGCACUCUUCUUUGAAUAUAGAAAUUCCAUGAUGAACUACCCUCCCUGGAACACCAUUUUUAUUCGCAAUACCAUUUAGAAAUUGAGGACUUCGACAGGGGGGUAAAAUGUAAAACCUAAUUUUCGAGCAUCAAGUGAAUUUG